CACGAAUCUGAUAGAUCCCAGAUGUGUACGGACACCUCCUCCUUGUCCGGCACCGCUAGGGACGCUCUCCUCCGCGAGCUUAGGAGAUGCAAGAGCCUCGAUCACCUCCGCGAGCUCCACUCGCGCAGCAAACUCCUCGAUUCCGACGUCUAUGCCUCCAAUCUCUUGCUCCAAAUCUAUGGCAAUUGGGGCGCUGUGGCGGACGCGCGCCGCCUCUUCGAUGGCAUCCAGCCCAAGAACGCAUUCACCUGGGCGGCGAUGCUUGCGACUUACGCCCGCAAUGGGCACCUCGCCCAGGCAAGAUCUAUGUACGAGGCGAUGCCCAAUUGGAGCCUUGUGAUCUGGAAUGUGAUGCUCGCAGCGUUUGCCAGGAACAAGGAUCUCGAUGGCGCCAGGCAGAUUUUCAAUUCGAUGCGUGAGAAGGAUGUUGUGUCUUGGACCACCAUGCUAUCAGCAUUUGCGGUCAAUGGGUAUUUGCUAGAAGCCCAAACCAUGUUUGAGGCUAUGCCCGAGAGGAACUUGGUGACGUGGAACUCCAUGCUGGCGGCGUACGUGCGAGGCAGCCGUACGGCCGAGGCCGGUUCAGUGUUCGAUUCUAUGCCCGAGCGGGAUAUCGUGUCGUGGACGACAAUGCUAAUGGCAUAUGCCCAAGCCGGUUAUCUGUUAAAGUCCGAGCAUCUCUUCAAAAAGAUCCCGGAAUAUGACCUAGUAUCGUCCAAUGCCAUGCUCUCGUGCUACUGCCAAGUCGGAGAGAUGGAUUUAGCCGAACGAGUUUUUGAUGGAAUGAAAGAGAAGAAUAUCUUCUCUUGGAACACAAUUCUAGCGGGAUAUGCCCACUCUGGGCAUAAUGCUAUGAUAGCAAAGGUUCUAGAGAAUAUGCCCGAGCUAGACACGGUAUCCUGGAAUUCCGUACUGGGCGGACACACGCACAAUGGAGACGUAAUCAAAGCCAGUGUUGUUUUUGAAUCCAUGCAAACAAAGAACUUGAUAUCGUGGACGACGAUGCUAACAGCAUAUGCCCAAAACGGGCAUCUUGAGGAAUCCAAGCAGCUCUUUGAUUCCAUGGAGGAAUGGGACGUUGUGGCCUGCAAUGCGAUGCUCACGGCAUAUGCCCAAAGCGGGAGCACCCACGAAUCUUUGCUCUUUUACGUCCGCAUGCCAUUCAGGAACACAGCCUCGUACAAUGCGUUGAUGGUUCUGUACGCUCGAGCUUGUGAUCUUCACGGAGCAAAGAGAGUUUUCGAUCGGAUCGAGCCAGAUCCUGACAUGCUCUCAUGGAAUUCCCUGCUCUCGAUCAAUGUUCGCAGCGGAAACCACGAGAUUUUCAGCUCCUUGAACAUGAGUGGCCGGAAUCCGGACGAUGUUUCCUGCAUUUGUAUCCUUAUGACUUGCAGCCAUGCCGGAGACCUGAAAGCUGGGAUUUCGUGCUUUUGUUCCAUCCAUUGGGACUAUGGACUGGAGGUAAGCAAGCAACACUUUAGCGGUAUGAUCGAUCUCCUCGCACGAAGUGGCUACAUUGAAGAGGCAAGAGAUUUGAUCGCCACCAUGCCUUUUGUUCCCGAUACCUUGGACUGGACGUGUUUGCUCGCCGCUUGUAAGAGCCACAAGCAAAGAGAGAUCCGGGCUGGGGUGGCGAAAGAGCUCCUCGAGCUCAAAUCCGAUCACACCGCGGCUUAUCUCCUGCUAGCCAAUGCGUUCUCGAACGAGUUUCAUAGCCAUGGGCCUGUGAACGCGGAAGAGAAAAAGGUGGUGGCUGGCAGAUCGAUCAUAUUGAGGCAUGCAGGCGAGGAAUGAAACUUUGGACGCGAUAAGGGUCUGUAGAGACCUCCCAGCAGGUCGUGAGAUCCAUGCUCGUCUGAGCGAUUCACUGAAAUACGAGGUUUACUUGUGUAACCUGGUGAUCGAAAUGUAUGGGAGGUGUGGGAGCCCAAGUUCUGCUCGUCAGGUGUUUGAUUCGAUCCGUCGAAAGAACUUGUUUUCCUGGGUUUUGAUGCUUAGUGCAUAUGCCCAGAACUGGCAUCUACAGGAAUGCGGGUUAUUAUUUGAUUCCAUGCCAGAGCAAAACCUCGUAUCUUGGACAAUCAUGCUAGUAGCACAUUCACAAUCCGGAAAUGUUGAUAAAUCUCGUGUAAUGUUUCUUGGCAUGCCCGAGCAUGAUCUUGUCGCCUGGAAUGCGAUGCUUGCAGUAUAUGCCCGUGAAGGGCAUAUCUACGAGGCAUCGAGAAUCUAUGACGGCAUGCAAGAACGCAAUGUUGUUUCCACAACCGCUUUGCUUUCAGCAUUUGUGUCAAAUGAACAAAUAAGGGAGGCGGAGGAGUAUUUCGAAAGCAGGAUGCCAGAAUGGAACUUGGUUUCGUGGAACUCCUUGCUGAGCGCGUAUGCCCAGGUUGGGUAUACACGCGAGGCUGAGGCUUUGUUUGCGGAAAUGCCCGAGGUCGACGUCGUUUCAUGGACGUGCAUGAUGGUGUUGUAUGCCCGGAACCAGCAGCUCGAGAAUUCAAUGAGGAUUUUUACAAUGAUUCCGGACAAAGAUAGUGCUUGCUGGAAUGCAUUUCUAUCUCAAGUGAGGUGUGAAGGAAAGUUGGAGUCAUUGACAGGAGGGAAUGUGGUCUCAUCAACGUGUUUGCUCUCUUCGUAUGCCCGGCACGGGUACCUUGAUCAAACGAAGAAUGUGUUUGAUUUCAUGCAGGAAAGAAACAUAGUUUCGUGGAAUGCCAUGCUAGCAAGCUACGCUAGAUCUGGUUCUUGCGAAAUGGAGAAAUUUUUCUAUCAAAUGCCGCAGAGAGACUUAGUGUCGUGGAACACUUUUCUAUCUGCAUAUACCGAGAAAGGGCAUGCUGAUAAAGGUACGAAACUCUUAGAAAGGCUUCCAACGAAAGACCUUGUGUCUUGGAACUCCUUGAUGAUCGCGUUCGCUCGAAAGGGACGAUGGCUGGAAACCAAAGAUCUCUUUCGGAAGAUGGUUUUCACUGAAAUGCCAAACGACAUAACUUUGGCUGGAAUCUUGCUUGUUGGCAACCACGCCGGGGCUUUUUCGUGGGUUUGCUCUUGUUUUGGAUCCAUGCGCACCGACUUUGGGAUUGAUGCGUCGAAGCAACACUUUGCCAGCGUUGUGGACACUCUCUCACGAGGCGGAUACGUAAAAGAGGCAUGGGAUCUUGUCGAUGACAUGCCGUUCUUGCCAGACGAGUUUGAUUGGGCAUCGCUUUCGCGUUGUCGGCAGAGCUUUUGACAAAAGAGAAAGAUUGUUCUUGCGUUUCAAAUUCAAAGUUUGACAAAAGCUUGAUACGAA